GGCGGACGGGGAGCUGAGGGGAGCCCGCCGCCAGGGGGAGCGGCCGGGACUGGGACUCUGUGGGGAGCUAGGCCGGCCCCCAACGAGCGUCCAGCUCCGUGCAGGGCCUGUGGGCAUCCAGCUGCCGCUAAGGAGCUCCCUGCAGCAGCAGUGAUGUGCAAUCAGGGUUGCUUUUAUUAUUUUUUUUCCGAAUGAGUAAUUUUAUAUCGGAAGGGAAAUCCCUCGUGAAACGGCCUAAUCGUUACAGGAGAUGAAGCUCUUGGCAAAGGUGGGCUGUGCUUUCUGCACUGAGCUGCUUAUGCUUCACCUGUUGGAGCCCUUCUGAAUGCUGUGAGUGAUGGGCGGUGUUGGGGGCUCUGUGCCCCACUCUAUUGCAGCCCCUCCAGGGAAAACAAAUCUGGAGGUGGUGCUGAGAUUCUGCCUCUUCUCCUGGAGCCUUCAGCCUUUUUUUUCCUCUAUUUUGAACCCAGAUGAUGAAGUUUCCAGCUGAGCAGCAGCACCAGAGGGACCCUGCAGGAUGUGCCACCCCAGGGGCUGUUUUAAAAGCACUCCUCUUCCUCCUUGGGAUCCCGGUGCAGCCAUGUCACCUGCACUGUGUGAGCAGCGGGCACUGGGUGCUGCCAAGUGCCAGCCAUCACCUCGUGGUUUGUUUUGAGGGAGUGACAGCGUGAGAAAACCACAAAGCAAACAUCAUUGGUGCAGUGCACGUGCUGCUGUGUGUCACCAUGGCAGCUCUGUCCCAUUGCAGGAGAGCAGUGGGGUUUUGCUAGAGCCAGGGACUGCCUUGCCGCUGUUUGCUUGGCCAACAGGGGCACGAUGGCAAUGGUAGAUGUGAGGCAGAAGCUUCCCGGUGUUUCUACUUUGGCUUUUAGUCCUAGAGGGCCACUGCUUGUCCUGCUGGCAACAUAUCUUAGGUGUGAGAAGUGGGGCAGGUGAUGCCCUGAGCAGGCUGUGCCUGUGCAGCCCGGCUUCUGCCUCUGCUGGAGCCCAGGGCAGAGGCUCUGCAGCAGGGCUCUCCUUGGAGCCGGGUUGGCUGCACAGCAUGGUUCCUGCUGCGGAGUUGCCCUGGCCAGGGGGUGUGCAGGGUGGGCUGGAAGCCAGCACACAGCCGUGCUCUGCCAGCUGGUAGAGAGGGAAGGGAGGGAGAAUCCGUAUGGAGGGUCUGUUUGGGUUGGCUCGCUCGGGACACCCCCUCUGUCGCGCACACGUGGCUCUUCCCACACCGCCGUUCUCCUCCCGUUUCCCGUGGCCUGGGAGAGCUCUGGGGCUCCGCUGUGGCUCAGGGCCGGUCUGCAGAGCGCUCCGCCCCACCGGCAGCACGCAGCGGAUGCCGGGAUGGGGCUGAUCCCGUCGGUCUGAGCCGAGCCAUGCGGUGCCGAGCCGUUGUCCCGUGCGUCCCAACCCCGAGGGCUCCGGUCCCAGUGCAUCCCAGCACGGUGUCAGCGUGGCUCGGAGCUGCGGCGGUGCUGCUGUGCACGGUGCUGAGCCCUGGGUGGGCUGAGGCACAGCCCUUUCCUUUCCGAGACCCGACGCUGCCCUGGCACCGCCGCCUGGAGGAUCUGCUGGGCCGGCUGACCCCCGCCGAGAUGGUGCUGCAGAUGGCGAGGGGGGGAGCCCUGCGGAACGGCCCCGCACCCCCCAUCCCACGUCUGGGCAUCGCGCCCUACAACUGGAACACCGAGUGCCUGCGGGGCGACGCGGAGGCACCCGGCUGGGCCACAGCUUUCCCCCAAGCGCUGGGGCUGGCCGCUGCCUUCAGCCCUGAGCUGCUGUACCGAGUGGCCAACGCCACGGCCACCGAAGUGCGUGCCAAGCACAACUCCUUCAUCGCUGCCGGCCGCUACGACGACCACACGGGGCUCAGCUGCUUCAGUCCUGUGCUCAACAUCAUGAGGCAUCCGCUGUGGGGCAGGAACCAGGAGACGUACGGGGAGGAUCCGUACCUGACAGCAGAGCUGGCCACGAGCUUUGUGCAGGGGCUGCAGGGUCAGCACCCCCGCUACAUCAAGGCCAGCGCUGGCUGCAAGCACUUCAGCGUUCACGGUGGCCCUGAGAACAUCCCUGUCUCCAGGCUCAGUUUCGAUGCCAAGGUGCUGGAGCGGGACUGGCGCACCACCUUCCUGCCCCAGUUCCAGGCAUGUGUGCGUGCCGGGUCCUACAGCUUCAUGUGCAGCUACAACAGGAUCAAUGGCGUCCCUGCCUGCGCCAACAAGAAGCUGCUGACGGACAUCCUGCGGGGCGAGUGGGGCUUUGAGGGCUACGUGGUGAGCGACGAGGGGGCUGUGGAGCUCAUCCUGCUGGGGCACCGCUACACACACACCUUCCUGGAGACGGCCAUUGCGUCGGUGAACGCCGGCCUCAACCUGGAGCUGUCCUACGGCGUUAGGGACAACGUCUUCAUGCACAUCCCCGAGGCCUUGGCCAUGGGCAACAUCACACUGGAGACGCUGCGUGACCGUGUCCGGCCCCUGUUCUACACACGGCUGCGGCUAGGGGAGUUCGACCCUCCGGCCAUGAACCCCUACAACGCCCUGGAGCUGAGCGUGGUGCAGAGCCCUGAGCACCGCAACCUCUCUCUGGAGGCAGCCAUCAAAAGCUUCGUGCUGCUGAAGAACCAGCGGGACACGCUGCCGCUCCGUGAGCUGCAUGGCAAGCGCCUGGCGGUGGUGGGUCCCUUUGCAGACAACCCCCGUGUGCUGUUUGGGGACUACGCACCGGUGCCGGAGCCACAGUAUAUCUACACCCCACGGAGGGGGCUGCAAACACUGCCUGCCAACAUCAGCUUUGCUGCGGGCUGCCAGGAGCCGCAGUGCCGGCUGUACUCACGGGAUGAGGUGGAGGAUGCGGUGCAGGGAGCUGAUGUGGUGCUGGUGUGCCUGGGGACGGGGAUAGAUGUGGAGAUGGAGGCGAGGGACCGCAAGGACCUGUCCCUGCCCGGACACCAGCUGCAGCUGCUGCAGGAUGCUGUGCGUGCAGCUGCUGGGCACCCCGUCAUCCUGCUGCUGUUCAAUGCGGGGCCUCUGGAUGUGAGCUGGGCACAGACACAUGAUGGUGUGGGGGCCAUCCUGGCCUGCUUCUUUCCUGCCCAGGCCACCGGCCUGGCCAUUGCCAGCGUCCUGCUGGGCGAGCAGGGGGCCAGCCCUGCAGGCAGGCUGCCAGCCACAUGGCCUGCAGGCAUGCACCAGGUGCCCCCAAUGGAGAACUACACCAUGGAGGGUCGGACGUACCGCUACUACGGGCAGGAGGCCCCGCUCUACCCCUUUGGGUACGGGCUGUCCUACACCACCUUCCACUACCGAGACCUGGUGCUGAGCCCCCCGGUGCUGCCCAUCUGCGCCAACCUCUCCGUGUCGGUGGUGCUGGAGAACACGGGGCCACGUGACAGUGAGGAGGUGGUGCAGCUGUACCUGCGCUGGGAGCAGCCAUCUGUGCCGGUGCCGCGCUGGCAGCUGGUGGCUUUCCGCCGUGUGGCCAUACCUGCUGGUGGUGCCACCAAGCUGUCCUUUGGGGUGUUGGCUGCCCAGCGUGCCGUCUGGACCAAGCAAUGGCAUCUGGAGCCCGGAGCCUUCACGCUCUUUGCUGGUGGGCAGCAGCCAGGGCAGCAGAUGCGGGCACCCUCGGAAGUGUUGAGCGCCAAGUUCAGUGUCACUGGGGCUGCCCGGGCACUGCACAGCUGCUAGAGGUGGGGACGGGUGUGAGGAUGAGUCCUGGGGUGUGGGGAGCUGGAGGAAGGAUGAAGCGCAGUGGCUGUGCAGGACAGGGAGAGCACGGUGCUCUGCCUUGCAAUAAAGUGCCCUCUGCUCUCCAGGA